AUGUUGCAGCGCUACAGAGCUUCGAAGACCUUUUGCGUCUUGGCGUCGCAGGACGCCGAAGAGAACCGGCGCGUUGCCGCGACCGGGGCGAGGGCGAUCCGGGAGCUCUCGGCCCCCCACCUGGAAGGAGGAAUAUAUGGGUUACUUCCUCAGCCGUGUCGGGUGAUGGUGCUGCUGAACCCACGGAGUGGAGUAGGACGGGCUCUGCAUCUAUUCAAGUCUCAAGUUCAGCCAAUGCUGAGAGAAGCCAACAUAGAAUUCCAUAUGUUUGUCACUGAGAAGCACAACCAUGCUUGGCAUCUGGUAAGGGAGGAGGACAUGUCCAAAUGGGAUGCUGUGGUCCUUAUGUCUGGAGAUGGCUUGCUUCAUGAGGUAAGGAACAGGGCAGAUGAUCGAAGGGACUUUGUGGUGCCCUGGCCCCAGCGUCCUUACCACCACCUUCCCUACCAUACAGAACCAGCUAGGUCUAACUGCUCCAGCCAGGUACACCAGAAGAGAAAUGGAUAGGUGUGUUAGUAUUCUUACAGGAAGUCACUGUCCUGGUUUAAUGUCAGCCUACCAUUUUGAAACAGAAGGGAGUCGGACUGGCUGAAUUAGUAUGGACUGAAAAUUUUAACAUUGGGCCAGAAUCUUCUGUCAUUCAUAACUGAACAGAAGGUAAACAAUUAGUACCUGCAGAUUGCACUAAGAUUUCCCCUUCUGCACAUCUUGACCUCGGUCACUACAAAUAGUGGCUGGACUAUAUUUAGAAGGGUAGGUAUCGUUUGUUCUUUAUAAAAUAGCCAGAGACUUUUGUUCAAUGACUAAACUUUUCUUUUUAAAUAAUAAAAACUCCUAACCUGCUUUCAGACUUUAGCCUCCUUUUCUUAGCAGAAGGCCUCGCUCUCAGAUUAAUUCCUCCAUGCUACUCUGAGUUUCCCCUUCUUGUAUAAGAUAUUAGCUGUUGCUGCUGCUGCUGCUGCUGCUGCUGCCGCCCCUCCUCUGCAACAAGUAGAAGUUGCAAUGCUUUUAAAAAAAUAUUUUACUGGUGAAAUAAAACAACCAGAAGAUAUGAUGAAGUACAACCAUAAAUAUAACAAUGCUAAUAAAAUCAGAAAAGAGUAUACAGAAUAGUGAUUAAACGAGAGACAUUUGAAGAAACUAAAAAUAUAUCCAUAAAGUGUUAAUAUAGAACUAGCUCAAUUCUUUAACAUGUUAUUAAAUCUAACCAUAUAGACCAUCUAUUGCUCCAUCUUCUCAGUUUCAGUACAAUAGGUUAUUUCAAUGCAACGAUAUUUUAUUUUAAUUAUUUUUUGUUUAUACAUCAAGUUUGUCACCGCCCAUCUCAUUAAGUAUAUAAUAUACUUAGACCCUUAAUAUUCUAUUAUUUAGGUGCCUUAGAGAAGUUGCAAUGCUUAAUCAGGGGGAGCAACAACAGAACUGCGGCACAAAGGCCUUUGUUUUUUAAGCUACCAUUUUAAUAUACUGCUCAACUACAUUUAGCUAAGUAAUGUUUACAUGUUGAAACUUCAAAUGAAUUGGUUACAUUUGGGGUGGAGAUUUUCUUUCUCUUCCACUUUUCUACUAUGUUCAUAACUAUGAUAUUGGACCAAUAAGAUUUGAUCUCCUAACUAAUGACACAAAAGUUAAACUGGGAAUAAAUAGUUUUCAUUUUCACCUUUACAAAGAUGGACUGAACGUAUUUGUAGAGAUGCUGCAGAGAGCAGAAUCAAGAAGCUACUUGGGAUUGUCCUUUUGCUUUUCUAAAAGAAAAGAAUUUCCCUCAUCUUCACAGUUGGGGAGAGAUCCUUGAAACAUUUCAAAGAGGAAGCCAUGAGUCCAGAUGAUUGUAAGUUCCCAUGGUUUUGGAACAAAUCCCCCCACCCUAAAUUAUCUUGGCUCUGGAUCUGAUAGGGUUAAUUCCCUUUUAUUGACUUCAGUGGGAGCAAAAGGAGUAGUGGGAGGGGAAUGGAGGUGGGGGGGGGAGAAAAAAUCACUCCUCCCCAGGGCUUUAGGACAGAAUUUUUGCCACACCUUACUAGAACUCCUCUCAGUGUUUCUGAACAACAUACUCUAAUCCUCAAUCAAGAUUCCUCAGUCAAGAUUCCCCACUUUAGGAACAGAAGAUUAAACAAUUGUACAAUUUCAAUGGCAAUGCUGAAUCCAAGAAGUAGAAUACAGUGAAUUUUAAGUUAAGUCAGAUUAAUUGGAUUGGCAAAUGUCAAAGCCCUCUUGUAGCUUUGUCAUAAGCACUACUGACGAGAAUGUGGGGAUAACAAGAAGAAGCUUGUCAUUACUGUGUGUGUAUGUG